AUGUCGCGGCAAUAUUAUGAUUAUCCAGAGGAUCCCGAAUCUCAGAGAUACCAGCCUUUGCGAACCCCAGGACCUGACCGCCAUGGGGCAAGCCCUGCAUAUGGCUACAACGAUGACAGACCGCCGAUUCCACCACCUCCAGGGGGGUAUGGUUCUGAGCUUCCAAAUCCUUUUGAGCCUCAAGCGGACCCCUUCAUAACUCCUCAUCCUUCAUAUGCAUCAUUGCAAGGUGGCUAUGGCUACGAUCAAUAUGAACGCCCGGCGUCAACACAACCUAAUGACCAGUAUGACCCGUCUCAGACUCCGUCUUCAUCUUCACAUCUCCAAGGAUAUCACCUGGAAGAUGAUGGCGUGCCGUCUUACCAGGACACCAUACCUCUUGUGCCUAGGAGGGGUGGUCGUGAUGCUGCCUUUCCGGAUGAGGAAGCCGAGGUGGGGGCAGAAAAUUACAUCCAUUAUGGGAGAAUCCCCCAGCGCAUUCCCAGGAGAUUUAAAACGACGAAACGGGUGCAGCUUUACAAUGGAAACCUUGUUUUGGAUUGCCCUGUUCCUCCUAAACUUCUUGAACUAUGUCCACUCAAGAAUGAGAGGGAGUUCACCCACAUGCGGUAUACUGCGGCAACAUGCGACCCCGAUAACUUUCGAGAUGAGGGAUAUGCAUUGCGGCAAGUUCUCUAUGACCCGCCUCGUAAAACAGAACUUUUCAUUGUCAUGACCAUGUACAAUGAAGAUGACGAACUUUUUGCACGAACUAUGCACGGCGUUAUGAAGAACAUUCAACAUCUUACUACCCGCACCCGUUCAAGAAUCUGGGGUGCUGAGGGAUGGAAGAAAGUCGUUGUGUGCAUUGUUUCGGACGGACGCUCGAAGAUCAACUCGAGAACGCUUUCUGCUAUUGCUUCCUUGGGAGCUUACCAGGAUGGAGUUGCGAAGAAUAUUGUCGGAGACAAGCCUGUCACGGCUCAUAUCUACGAAUACACGACGCAACUUGCGAUUACGGCGAAAAAACGGAUUCAGGGUGCUGAACGAGGCGCAGUUCCAGUUCAGAUUCUCUUCUGUUUAAAGGAAAAGAAUGAGAAAAAAAUCAAUUCCCACCGGUGGUUCUUCAACGCUUUUGGUCGGGUUUUGGACCCCAACGUUUGCGUUCUACUAGAUGUGGGAACUCAACCAGGAAAUACGUCCAUCUACCAUCUCUGGAAGGCAUUUGAUCUUAAUUCAAACGUUGGUGGAGCGUGUGGCGAGAUUGUUGCUAUGAAGGGAAACUGGGGUUUGGAUUUGUUAAAGAAUCCUCUAGUCGCUGCUCAGAACUUCGAAUAUAAGAUGAGCAAUAUCCUGGACAAGCCACUCGAGUCGGUAUGGUUCUUGGCACUUUAUACCUUUCCGAACCUAGUUGUAACGGCGUCAAUCCAGAUAUUUGGUUACAUUACCGUGCUUCCUGGAGCUUUCAGUGCAUACAGGAGAAGGGCCUCUUCAGAACACGGUGCUGGCGCCGAUAUCUUCACUUCUAACAUGUAUCUUGCUGAGGAUCGGAUUCUCUGCUGGGAACUCGUGUCGAAGCGUGGCGGUUCUUGGAUCCUCCAUUACGUCAAGUCAGCAUAUGCAGAAACUGAUGUACCUGAUCAAGUCCCCGAACUUAUCAGUCAGCGUCGUCGAUGGCUGAAUGGUUCAUUCUUCGCUGCUAUUCACGCUACUCUCAAAUUUGGUUACAUCUACCGAAGUUCCCAUACGUUCUGGCGCAAAUUUGCGAUACAUGUUGAAAUGGUGUAUCAAACAUUUAAUUUGAUGUUUUCAUGGUUUGCUCUGGCAAACUUUUACAUUGCUUUUAUUAUCCUUACCAAAGCCAUGGAAGAUCCCUCAUUCAAUUUGAAGCAUAUUGAUAUCUUUAACAACGUAUUGCAAUAUAUCUAUCUGGGCCUUGUUGUCAUGUGUUUCCUCCUCUCUAUGGGAAAUCGACCUCAAGGUUCAAAGUGGGGUUAUACAACAGCAAUGAUUGGCUUUGCACUUAUCACGGUCUACAUGACUUUUGCGGCUUUCUUCCUUGCGUUCAAGGGUAUCCAAGCUAUUGAAGGAGGAUCAAAAGGGAAAUCCCUCUGGAGCAGUUCUAUUUUCAGGAACAUCGUUGUCUCCUUGCUGGCGACAACUGGUCUUUACCUAAUUGCGUCAUUUUUGUUCUUCGAGCCUUGGCAUAUGAUUACAUCCUUUAUCCAAUAUAUCCUCAUGGCACCUUCUUAUAUCAAUGUACUCAAUGUUUACGCUUUUGCCAACGUUCAUGACGUAUCAUGGGGUACGAAGGGUGAUAAUGCACCUGUGAAGACAGAUCUUGGGGUUGUUGCCAAGCCAAAGGAUAACAAUGUGGAUGUGGUUGUUCCAACUGAAGAGAAAGAUUUGAAUGCCGCUUACGAGGAUGCCCUUGCCGUACUUGAGAGCAAACCCCCACCUGCUGAGGUCAAAGUGGACGCUGGUCUGCAAGAACAGGAUUACUACAAGCAGGUUUUGCUGGCUUGGACUCUUUCGAACGGUGCUUUGGCGGUGGCAAUUCAGCAUGCGACAACGAAGGGCAGCAAGGCUGUUUCUGGGUAUAUGGCCUUCUUGCUUUUCUCAGUGGCAGGACUUGCCUUCUUCCGUUUUUGCGGAUCAACUGCAUACCUUGUUGUUAGGUUAUUUGCAGGAGAGUGA